AUGAAGCGGGCCUCGAUGAAGCGGGCCUUGGACGACGACGCUGACGCAGCCAAUGUCGACGACGUCGCCGUCCUCUUCGACGACCUCGAGGCCCAAGAGCACAAGCGCGCCCGCGUCGCCAAGCUCCACCACCUCCAUACGCAAGACGCAUGCGACGCCAAGGUGGUCGACGACGUCUCGGACUUCUUUAGCAGCCUUCUUGACGACGCGCCCGACGCCGACACGACGCCUCAGCAGGCGUCCUGCGGCAGCACGUUCAGCAAGUCGUCGUCGUCAACGUCGUUUGGCCAGAGCGAAGCCGUGGUCGUCAACAUGGUCCUCUCACCGACGCCAUCCGUGCUGCAUCUCGACGACAGCUUUGGAACCUUGGAGGGAUGCCAGCCGCACAAGCGCGGUGUGGUGUACUGCGAAGUGUCAUUUGUAUCCAUCCCACGCCCAGCCUCCGUGCUUCCAGUGCAGCCGCCGUCCAUGUAA